ACCGAACCGCGCGCCGAAAACUUUUCGGCCCGACGCGCGGCCAACGCAGACCAUGUGCGGACACCAAACCCACAACAACAACAAACAAAUACAGAUUUUGUUUAAAAAAUUUAUUUUUAAUUUAAUAUAAUCUCAAGUGCCUAAAAUAAUUAAAAUAAAAAAGUGUUUUUUUUUUUUUUGAAAAAAGUGUUUGGAAUAAUAAUUAAAGUUUCAUUGAACUUUUAAGAUUGGACUUGGUAAAAAUUUAUUAUCUCAGAGGACAAUAGUGACAAUUGUGAGACAAUAAUAAACUAAUCAUAGUAAAUAGUAAUAUAUAACAAUCGGUUAUUAUUCGGUGUUCAGUGGUCAAGAAGAUGAUGUUCAGACUUUAUCACUACUCGUAAUAGUAUCUAAAAAUUUGUGUGCCUUUUAAUUUUGAUUAAAUUUAUUUUAUUUUACUGCUGAUUAAUUAUAAAUAUAAGAUCAUUGAGGAUAUUUGUGGAUCACCGCUGGAUCUUCUAAAUAUUUUUAGAAAUCAACCACCUUGGAACACUACCACAAAUUUUAAAACUAAAAUUAAUGCAAAUCAAUAAAAAUGGUUAUCACACCAACAAUAGUAUCUUCUGAUCACCACCAUCACCAUCACCAUCAUCACCACCAUGGAGAUGGUACCGAAAUGUUCUACCGGAAAGGAUCCAAAGUAAAAUGUGGAACUACUCUUUUACUAGUUCGCGCUUUGACUUUUACAAUAUUAGGAAUAAUUUUUUGUAUAUGGACGCCAUUUGAGAUUAUAAUGAGUGAAAGAUUACGCAUGCAUAAAGGAUUACCACCGUAUGAUUUAUGGGCGAAUCCUCCUGAUGAGGUGGUGAUGAGUGCUUAUGUUUAUAAUUACACCAAUGUGGAGGCGUUUUUGAACGGGGAAGUGGAUGUGUUGCAAGUUGCAGAGAUUGGACCUAUUUUAUACAGGGAGAUAUUGAGUCAUCAUAAUAUUACGAGGAAUGAUAAUAAUACUAUUACGUUUGUUGCUAAACAUACUGCUAUUUUAUGGGAGGAGAGUAAUAAGGUUAAUAUGAAUGAUACUAUUACUGUGCCAAAUUAUGCUGCUUUGAGUAUGGCGACGUUUUUACAUGAUGCUCCGUUUUUCGUAAAAUUGGGUUUUAAUAUACUCCUACGCCAAUUGAAAACUGACAUGUUUAAAACAAUGACCAUUCAAAAUUUUCUCUGGAAUUUCACGGAUCCGAUUUUGUCUACUGCGCAUAAAUUAAUCCCGCAUUUAGCACCGAUUAAAAAUAUCGGCAUGUUGGAAAGGAUAUAUCAAGAUUUUGAAGAUACUUAUACGAUGUAUGUUGGUGCAGAUCACGGACCGGAAAGAUUUUCACUGAUUGAGAAAGUCGGUGGGAGUGAUUACAUACCAGGUUAUAAACAGUGUGCGGAUAAAGUGACAAAUGCUACCGAAGGAGUGGUUUAUGGACAGUUUCUUACCCGGCAGUCUGUGUUGCACUAUUGGAGGAAAACUGUUUGUAAAGUUGUCAAGUUAAUAUAUGAAAGUGACCAAGUCCGAGAAGGUAUAGAUACUUACCUCUACGUUGUUCCUAAUAACUCUUAUGAUAGGACUUAUCCAGCGUUUGAUGAUUGCUAUAAAGGGGAACCUAGUUUACCGAAUGGUUUGACAGAUGUAUCGAAUUGCAUGUACAAUGUGCCAAUUGUUGCAUCAUUUCCGCACUUUCUAUAUGCCGAUUCUAAGGUUUCGGAAAAAUUGGAAGGUCUGCGACCCAAUAGGAGUUUACAUACAAGUUAUGUGUACGUUGAACCUAUAACUGGAGUACCAAUUCACUCAGUGGCUCGCAGUCAGUCCAAUUUAGCUGUAAGGAAACUAGGAGGAUUUUCUGAUGGUGUUUUGCAGUUUAGUAAUCGAGUUUUGCCAAUGUUUUGGCUGGAAUAUAAUCAAAAAAGUAUCCCAAUGGACAUCUACCUCUUGGUCUACGGAGCUUCAGUAGUCCUAAAACCAGGUCAAAUUCUCUUCAUUGCUAGCCUCUUCCUAAUCGGUUUCUACAGUACAGUUCGUUUCGGACGUAAAUUCACCAAUUCCGAAGACUAUCAACGCCUCGCUAAAAAAUACAACAAUUCACAAUCUUCAUCAAACCCCAAACCUCUCAAACGUCUCAAUCGAAGAUCAUCCGCUUACGGAUCAAGAAUCUCAACAAAUAUAGAAAACGGAGACGCAACGGAUGCAACCAGUCUAACUCAAGCGCAUUCUGUAAAUGUAACACCUGCAGAAAACUCAAGCUCUAAAGACCAGGAUAACUUUAAGCACAAAUCAAGUAGUUUUAUUAAUUCGAAUGUCAUAUGCUAGCAGUAAAAUAAUACUAGUUGCCAAUUAUUAAAAAUUUUAUUCGCAUUUAUACAAAGUUAGUUUUAUAUAUGUUAGAGUAGUCUUGGAAUAGUUUAUUGAUAAUGUAAUUAAUUUUUGUACAUACCAAGGAGUUUGAUGCGGGACUUUUUGAACAAUUAUUGUUAUUGUUGUGAAAAUGCUCAAGAAGACUGAACAAAAUUUAAGCGUAAUGAUUUGUAUCUGUAAAUCAUUGGAAACUAAUUGUACAGAAAUAGAAUAAGUUGAAUUCAACAUGUGGCAAAGAUAACUUUUUGUAUCUAGAGACAAAUUUGUUAUUAGUUUUGUUAAAAACUGCUCAUUGAUAGAAUAAAUAAAUUGAAAACAAA